GUGUAUGUGUAAUGUUUUUAAUUUUUAAAACUUUGGCAACCCCAUGACGGAACACAUUUCAAUCAGCUGAUGAUGGAACUUUUGUUCCAUCAAGUCUAGUGAACCUACAACAUUUGAUCUGUUAUGACAAGCUGAACGGCGUGGCGAGGCAGUGGCGGACCGGUAGACCUUGACAGUACCAAGUACCAUACCAGAGGCUCCAGCGCGGCUGCACUGCAGGUACAACAAACAGUCGAGCUCGCGUGGUCGUGUGUGAUGGAUUCAUCACUGGAGGAGUUGUCUAAGACUGCUACCAUCUCGCUCAGAAAGAGGCACAUCGGAGAUUCAUGCAAACUGUUCUUCCGUGAAGAUCCAAUCAAGAUCAUGAGAGCCAAGGCUCAGUACAUGUAUGAUGAGAAGGGGAAUCAGUACUUGGACUGUAUCAACAAUGUUGCACAUGUUGGACAUUGUCACCCGGAUGUGGUGAAAGCAGCUGUGGAGCAGAUGGGAGUUCUCAAUACCAACAACAGGUUCCUCCAUGACAACUUGGUACUGUGUGCUCAAAAACUCACCAGCCUCUUUCCAGAUCCUCUCAAUGUUUGCUUCCUCGUUAACUCUGGCUCAGAAGCCAAUGAUCUCGCCUUGAGACUUGCCCGCGCUCACUCCAAACACAACGAUGUCGUUACACUUGACCAUGCUUACCAUGGUCACCUCUCCUCACUGAUAGAUAUCUCACCUUACAAGACCCAUGGGAAUGAGCAUCCUGACUGGGUUCAUGUUGUACCAUGCCCUGAUGUGUACAGGGGCAAGUACAGAGAAGGGGAUUACCCUGGCGAGUGUAUGGGGAAGAAAUAUGCCGAGGAUGUAAAACAUGUGAUCAAGAAGGUGAGGGACAGUGGGCGAACAGUGAGUGCAUUCUUUGCUGAGAGUCUACAGAGCUGUGGUGGCCAGAUCAUCCCCCCAGCCAAUUACUUCAAGCAUGUUGUCAGGCACGUACACGAGGCUGGAGCUUUGUUCAUCGCAGACGAGGUGCAGGUCGGAUUCGGACGUGUUGGCAAGCACUGGUGGGCCUUUCAGUUGCAGGGUGAAGACAUCAUCCCCGACAUUGUUACUGUUGGGAAGUCAAUGGGUAAUGGACAUCCUGUGGCAGCAGUCAUCACAACCAAGGAGAUCUCUAGAAGUUUCAAAAACACAGGCAUUGAAUACUUCAACACCUAUGGGGGGAAUCCAGUAUCAUGUGCAGUGGCUAAGACAGUUAUGGAAGUGAUAGAGAGGGAGAACAUGCGUGAUCAUGCCACCAAGGUGGGCAACCACCUGCUCAACUCUCUGCGCCAGCUCAUGGGCAAGCAUCAGCUGAUAGGGGAUGUGCGAGGAGUCGGACUUUUUGUAGGAAUCGAGUUAGUUACUGAUCGGAUCAAGAAGAUUCCAGCCACCGCUGAGGCCCAGCAUAUUGUGUCCAGGAUGAAGGAAGAACAUAUACUGGUGAGCUCGGACGGGCCAGACCGUAAUGUGCUCAAGCUGAAGCCACCGAUGGUGUUCACGGUGGCCAACGCUGAUCAUCUAGUCACUACCCUGGACCGGAUUCUUGAGGAGAUCAAGGAGGUUGGUCUCAUCAGUGAUAACAAGAGUCCUAACCUCAUCACCUCAGACUUGGAGGUUGAUAACAAGAAGAUUAAGUUCAUCUGUAGAGAGAUUGAGAGCAACAGCCCCGACCUGAUUGAAAUGUGAGACUACAAAGAAGGAAAUGUCAACUUCCCUUUAGACAGGGAUCCAGUCACUGCUCGAGUCAAAUGUUACAGUUCUUUCACAGCAAUUACCAAAGUUAAAGCUGCACAGAAUGAUAUUAGUUAUUAAAUUACUUUUAAAUAAGUUCAAGUGAACAUGCAAUAACUUAACUUUUGUUGUUGUUAAACUUAAGUAGUAAUGUGUGUUGUUUUCAGUGUGCUAACUAAUGGUUUUAAGAAUACUGAUAUAUUUUUAUAGUGAAUUAACUUUUAAGAUUGAGUGAUUGUUUUAAAAUGCAUAGUUUAUUUAUGUCAUAUAUGUGCCUUUUAUGUCUGCCAAUUUCUACUAUGUCAGUCACAUAGUAAUGUCACAAUAUGAGUAUUCUUCCUUCUAUUCUUAUCGAUUGUGCUUGUUGGUCUGCAGAAAAAAAAUACAUUCUAGGCAAAAUAUCAAGUAUAAGUACAACACAAUUGUAAAUAAUACGUUUUUCAUUGUAUAUAACCUUCAUUCUCUAUAAAGAGCGUUUAUUUAGUUCAAGGACGAUGUGGUUUUCAGCUACCUUCAUAUCCAAGCUAUCUAUAUUAACCAGAAUCCCUUGUUUAUUUUCAUGCUCAUACUUGGCACCAAUAUAGUCAUAUAUUUCGCUGUAUGAAUGUCUUCUUAUUAAUUUUUAUUUAGUUCAGCAUAAUUAUUUCUAUGUUUCUCAUUAAAUGUUUCCCAAAUCAACAACUUGUUUACUUUGGAUGUACUGUAUUCGUGUUACUUUACAGUCCAACAUUUAUAGCUCACCAUUCCCUGUAUCAAAAGACAUUGAUGGAAUCAAUCUGUAAAUUUGGUAACAUUUCUUUCCUGCUUUACUUCUCAAUUUCAUAAAUGCCACCCUGUCUAUAGUUGUAGAAUUGUAUUGUUACACUACACAGUUCUAUUGCAAAGAUCAACUUUUGGACAGAGUGAAGAUACCUGAACAUUGUGACCUUAUAAGGUGGCUGAUAUGGAGAGAUAAGAUAACAGAUAUAGGUAACAUAUAUACACUUGUUAUAUAAUAUUGAUCUAUACAGUUUGUCUUAUAAUUUAGUAUAAGUUUCUGUGUUGUACUAUAUUUAUUUUAUUUCGAGAGUUUAGAAAUAUAUGAAUAUACUUUA